AUGAUCACCCUUUAUCGCUGGCUAGUGAUGUUGGCCGUACUGUCGAUCGCGCUUAGUGACGGUGCUGCCCCGGAGCAUGACGUUGUCAAGAGCCGCCAGAAACGUAUCGUGUUCCCACUUAACGCUGCUAUCGGUAUCAUUUUUGCCAUUGCCGUACCGCUAGGCAUACCGAGCAGGAACAUCUUUAUGUCGUACAAUUUUGAGGGCAACUACAACAGUCCGCAAGAUGCCAACGUCUUCACCGAGGGGUUCGGUAACUACAUAAAAGGUAUCGUGGAACCACUCACCGCACCAUCCGCCCCGGUAGAGCAGUAUGGUAUUAGAAAGCGAAGUGCGCAAGAGGGUGUGACUCUGCCCAAGAUCACACCGCAAGUUACACGAAGGCAGAUGUACAAAAUGCUCCAGAAACAGCUUCAGGGCCAACACUAUCAUGGAAAGAAAUGUCUGAAGCGCAUGAUUUGUGAAGCGGCAUUGCAUCCCUUCAGUGAAGCUAAUGGCGUUGUUGGAGACAUAAUGCAGAUACUGUUAAGUCCCUCGACUUCAAUGGAUGAAUUGCUGCCGAAGGAGUAUUUAAUCGCGGAAAUUGCCGGACAGAAUGGAUCGUGCGACGAGUAUCGAAAAGACUGCCCAAAGGAUCCGCUUGAGAUUGUUAGUGUUUUGUUUGAAUAA